AUGGACUCGUCCCAGCAAGCCAUUUACUUGCCGUGGCCAGCCUUUUUAUCGUCAUUUCGAGGCAUGAACAGAUCCCGGACUGCCGCGAGGCCUCCGGAGCCUCAGUUCCACUUGUUCAGUCGCCUGCCGGCCGAAUUGCGGAUGAAGAUCUGGGAGUUCUGUCUACCGAACCGAGUCGUCGAACUCAACCACCCUCGGUGGGUGGCCCAAAAGGAUAAAUGCGACGGAACAUGGACAGCCAAGCAAAACACCUUGCCGCCGGCAAUUUCGCUAGUCAACCACGAGUCUCGCAUGGUGGCCAUCCGCGCCGCCGUCCAUGAAGGACAAAUAGACCCGAAGCACCAGGUCCGCCAGACAGUCGGUUUCUGGUUCCAGAGAAAUAGGGACAUCGUGAUGAUGUAUGAAAAGGAUGAGCCUGGGGCUGUUAAUCGGAUCAAUGACUAUCCCAUUUCCGCUCAGGGCAAGCAGUGGCUUCAGUCCAUGGCGGUUGACACGGCGAUCUACUCUGUGAUGAUCAAUCCGUGGGGUUCCCGGGCCGGAAUGUUGACAACGGAUCCUGGGAUGCAUCAUGCUCCCGAUAGUGGGUGGUGGGAUCCGCUGAUCAUCAUGGAGACCAUUCCCAUCCACGCCAAGGAGGCCGAUGUUAGGGCGGCAGGAGUCUUCGGUGCGAUGUUGGACGAGCCUAUCCAGCUAGUCGACCCGGACGACGCAAUACUGAUGGAGCGAUACCGCUGGCUUUGCAUGGAUCGGGCCGGCACCCAGACCCGCAGUGUUAUCACGUUCUUCAACAACUUCACCGGAGGACGCCAGCAGGUUGACAACCUCCGACAGCACCUGAAUUGGUGGGUGAAGCUGGGGAAAGGCCGAGAGAUCUGGCGGAGGUGGAAGGCCGCCAAGGACCAGGGGUUUGCCGGCAUCGAGUAUCCGGAGAACAUCUGGAGAGCGCCAUCCGGCGCUUUUGUCAACAUGCUGGACGAGCGAGUCCUCACCCAGCAUAGUCCCGAUGGUGGCGUAAACUUGUAUAUGUUUAGUCCCAACGAGGACCACCCCUGGGUGAGGGAGAGGCUCGCAGAGGCCAGCUUCACACCUCGCAUCAUGUUCCGGUGGUGUGCCGAUGAAUGCUGGACUCAUCGCUGGCAUUAA